CUGUUUUCUUUUUCCAAACACAUGUUCCAAUCACGUGACCAUAUCUGAAGAUUUUUCUUGUUUAUGUUUAAUUUGAUUAAUUUAAUUUCUUUUAAAUGGUCGACGCAAUUAACUAAAUUGAUUAGAGAAUCAGAUCAUUGAUUGGCUGAACAAUAAUUUCUUGGAGUUAAUUUUUCUUACUUUGGAUUAGUGAAUAAAUUGAUCAUCUUCACAUCAUUAUCAUGGCGACUCCAGUUUUAUUUAAACGAUUAACUUUACAAUUAACCUCAAAACGAAGCUACAGUUUAUUUAAUCUGUUCAAGAUUUUGUUUAUUUGGGUUACUAUUAUUGGGCCAUGUUCAUCGGUAACAAAUUCAAGGCCGAAUAUCGUUAUUUUCGUGGUCGACGAUUUGGGAUAUGGUGACCUUGGUCCGUUCGGCAAUACAACCUUACCAACACCCGGGGUUGAUAAACUUGCAGCUCGUGGGGUCAAAUUGACUCAUCACAUAGCGGCAGCUUCCGUUUGUACACCGAGUCGAGCGGCUUUGUUGACAGGACGAUACCCAAUUCGUUACGGAAUGACCUCACCCUAUCUUAAUCGAGUCAUUUUAUUUGCUGGUUCUUCUGGUGGUCUACCUGCAACUGAGGUCACUUUUGCCACGAUUGCAAAACAAUCUGGCUAUCGAACUGGCCUGAUUGGUAAAUGGCAUGUUGGCCUUUCGUGUUCAUCGAUUGGUGACCAUUGUCAUCAUCCCAAUUCUCAUGGCUUUGACUAUUUCUAUGGGACACCGAUGACCAAUAUAAAAGAUUCUGGUCAAGAUGGCUACUCUGUGGUCACUUCGAACUUCCCGAACUUCAAUAAGCUCAUAAUAACCGGUGUUUGUUUGGGAUUUUCUAUUGGAGGUGGUUUUUGGUUUUUCCUCCAUCAUCGAGUUAUCGCUUGUCUAAUUGUGUUAUUUUUCCUAACGCUCUUUGGCGGAACUUGGAUUUUCGUCCAAUCUUUGGUUCGAUUAAAUUUAUUCCUCAUGAGAAACGGAACCAUAAUCGAACAACCGAUUCAUCUACCAACUUUAACUGACAGAAUCGUAACCGAAUCAAUUAACUUCAUCCAACAAUCAACGGAAACAAUUAACGAGCAACAACAACAACCUUUCCUCCUAAUGGUGACCUUUUUAAAAGUUCACUCAGCUCACUAUCCAAGUGAACAGUUUCUCGGACGUUCGAAUUAUGGUAAAUUCGGAGAUUGUGUUAUGGAAGUUGAUCACUCGAUAAACAGAAUAUUGGCCACCCUAGAAGAAAAAAAUUUAACCAGGUCAACAUUUGUUUACCUUACAUCGGACAACGGCGGUCAUAUUGAAGAGGUAAACAUAAAGGGUCAACCUGACGGUGGUUAUAACGGUAAAUUUCCCGGUGGAAAGGGACACGGGGCAGUUGAAGGUGGAAUCCGAGUACCGGGUAUAGUCUCAUGGCCUGGACAAAUUCCAAGCGGUGUUAAUUAUGACCACCCAACAUCUCAAAUGGACUUAGUUCCAACACUUAUUGACCUAAUGGAAUCUAAAUAUCAAGUUGAUGACAAUCAUCAUUUAGAUGGGAUAACUUGGACUCCAUGGUUAUUUAAAUCAUCUCCAAAUGAUAACAAUUUAUCCUCACGAAUAUUGUUUCACUACUGUGGUACUUACCUUCAUGGUGUCCGUUUAAUUUUAAACGUUGAAACAAUUUAUAAAUUGUAUUAUUUUACUCCAAAUUAUGAUAAACCAGCGGAAAAAAAGUGUAACUUUAUCUGUCAGUGUUUCGGUAAACAUGUUAUCCGCCAUGAUCCACCCUUAAUAUAUAACAUUGCCGUCGAUCCAACGGAAACUUCACCUCUUCCCAAUAAUCAAAGUUUAAUCAAUUACGUUAAUCAACAAAUUGUCCAACACCAAUCAACUCUUAAUCCAUCAAUCGAAUCACAAUUUUCAACAAUCAACUUCAUUUGGAAACCAUGGAUGCAGCCCUGUUGUAAUCCGCCAUUUUGUUCAUGUCGAGAAUCAAAAAUUAACUCAACGGACGAUAAUCGAUUAAGUUAAUUUGUCUCGUUAAUUGUUGUUUACCUGUUGACAAUAUGAUUCUAAAUGAACAUCCAAUGUCGAAAAGUCCAAUUUUCUAAAUCGUUGUUGAACUUUUUUAAUUUUUUUCCAAAUCAUUUUUUUACCAUUAGUAAAUUGUUACGAUGAUUAUUACCAUUGUAUGAGAUUAAUUUAAUUGUUAAUCAAUCACUGAGAUUAAAGGUUUAAAGUUGUUUUUUU